AAGGAGGACAAGAAGAUGAAGAUUUAUUCUAUAAUCCCUGGACUGAAGGCAUUACUGAAAAGAACCCAGCAGCCUAUAUUGCUCUUACUGCUAAAGUUGAGAUUCAACCUUCUACUAUACAA